AAAAUAAUUUAUUUCGAGACAAGACAAGACAAGUGUGCGUGCCCCCCUGUGUGGUAUAAAACUGAACUAUAUGCAACCUCAGCAAAACCAUUUUCACACUUUAAAAAACAUCAAUUUGAUUUCUCUCUCUUCUCUCUCAUCUCUCUCUCUCUCUCAUCAGACGCACAUAGAUUUCUCUGCUACUCUUCCGAAAUUACAUGGCGCAAAUUAAAAUCAAUCUGCCGAAUUUCCUAUUAUAAACCCCAAUCGGAGUUUCACAAACUUCGAAAAAAAAAGCAUUUACCGCCUUUUUUUCUCUCACUUCCCAUUUCAACUUCAUUUUCUAACGCCAUUUCCAGAUCUUGGGCCCUCCUAAUUUUUCCAGCAAAUUCAUAAAGAUUCAAUCUUUACCCAAAAAAAAAAAAAAAAAAAAUCAAGAAUGAAUUACAAACAAAAGCUAGUGUUGAUUAUAGGGCUAACCUCACUAACAGCAUUCUUCACAAUUCUUUUACUACUCACAGUAUUGUGUUGUACAGGGAGAAGGGUAAAAGGGGAAAAUGUUUCUAGAGAUGCAGAAUCACCGUUUGAGCAGAAAGAAGGGGAUAAUGUGGUGAAGGCCGAGGGUUUGAUAAGUUACCAUGGCGGUGAGGAUCUCACUGCACAUGAAAUUCUUGAUGCCCCUGGUGAAGUUAUAGGAAAAUCUAGCUAUGGCACUCUGUACAAGGCUAGUUUAGUCAAUUCAAGCUCACUUGCUCUGCUGAGGUUCUUGAGGCCUACUUGUACACUGAGGGCAAAAGAGUCAUUACCUAUUGUGGAGUUGCUUGGGUCAAUUAGGCAUCCCAAUUUGGUGCCUUUGAUUGCAUUCUAUGGAGGGCCUAAAGGGGAGAAGCUUAUGGUUCAUCCCUUUUAUGCCUCUGGAAAUUUGGCUCAUUUUAUCAAAUGUGGCAAUGCAGAGGCUCGUAAAUGGGCCGUUAUAUACAAGAUCUCGAUCGGCAUUGCAGAAGGAGUUCACCAUCUUCAUUCAUUUCAAGAAAAGCCCGUAAUUCACGGAAAUCUCAAGUCGAAGAAUAUUCUCUUGGAUCGGCAUCAAAAUCCGUAUGUGUCGGAUUUUGGGUUACAUCUUCUAUUGAAUCCAACUGCAGGGCAGAAAAUGCUGGAAGCUUCCGCUUCUCAGGGGUACAAACCCCCCGAGCUGAUUAAAAUGAGGGACGCUAGCCGAGAGAGCGAUGUAUACAGCCUGGGCGUAAUCCUUCUCGAAUUAUUAACCGGAAAAUUGCCGAUCGAAGAAAACCCUAAUCCGGAUCAAGAUUUUUAUUUGCCGAGCGUUUUGAGGACUGCGAUUCUUGAUGAUCGGAUUAUGGAAUUGUACCAUCCGGACAUUCUUGUUGGCAUGAGCAAUGAUCGGAGGGCAAUUACGGAAGAUCGAAUUUUGAGAUUUUUUCAACUUGCGAUGGCUUGUUGUUCUCCGUCUCGUCUACUUCGGCCUGAAAUAAAUGAAGUCCUUGAAAAACUUCGAGAAAUUGGAGAAUAAAAUCGAGAUUUUUUUAGUGUAUAAAUGGCAACUAUGCUUAAAGAACGCUUGGUCUUGUUACUUAAAAACCAUUAUUUUUGCCGUU